AUGUUCACAGGGCCGGAUUCUGGGUCAGGGAGUGUCACAGACUCACAGAUCGUGCCCACUCUUGGCCCCCGUGUGCCCAGCGACCCCGUGCAGCUGGUGGUAGCAGGGCGUGAAUUUCUCAAACCUACCCUCUGGGUGAGCCCCAGCAGGGUGGUGGCGCUCGGGGGAAACCUCACCAUCCGCUGUGAGGGUCGGCAAAGAUCCAUGAAGUUCUUUCUGCGUAAAGCUGGACACCCGAACCCGCAGGUGCAGACAGUGCCUGAUGGGCCCGUGGCUGAAUUUCCCAUCCCCAGUGUCAGCCGGAAAGAUGGAGGGAGCUACACCUGCGAAUAUCGCUCCAUAACGGAACCGAGUCGCUGGUCGUAUCUCAGCGACCCCGUCAAGAUCAUUGUAGGAGAGCCCCGCUACCCCAAACCCAGCAUCUCCCUGCUGAUCCCCAGCGGGGGGGUCUCGCUGGGGGGAGCCGUGACUGUCCAGUGUUGGGGGCAGCGCUGGGACGUGCGGUUCGUGCUGAAUAAAGAGGGACGUCAUUUCCCACCUGUGGAAUCAGAUGGGUUGGAGGCUGAGUUUCCCAUCAGCAACGUGCGCCGGGAGCACGGCGGGAGCUACAGCUGCUCCUAUCACAGCAGAUCAGAGCCGUUUGCCAUGUCGUACCCCAGCGACCCCAUAGAGCUCGUGGUGAGAGAUCCCAGCUUACCCAGACCCUCCAUCUCCCUGAGCCCCACUGGGGUCAUCGCCUUAGGGGCGGACGUCACCAUCCGGUGGGGAACUGACCCCACCCAGCCUGGAGCAGCGCCGGCUCCCACCCACCCGGGGCCAGGCGGAUCAGAGCCACAAGGUCUGACCAGCCCCAUCAUCGCCGGGACGAGCACAGCAGCCGCCGGCCUCCUCCUGCUUCUCCUCCUCCUCGUGGCCUUCGUCUGCUUCAGAAAAACCCGAGCCAGAAAAGGAGCCGCACCGAGACCGAGCAGCACCAAUCCUAUGGUGGCAUUAAAGGCGCCGGCUCAGCAAGAGCCCCUCUACGCCUCCAUCGACGAAGGGAAAGAGCUGCAGACCCCGCCCCAGGAGCCCGACCCCGAUGCCGACGGACUCACCUACGCCGACCUGGACAGCCGGGCGUUGCAGGGCAAGUGGGGAGGCCUGGCCCCUGCCCCCGAGCCCGCCCAGCCCAGCCUGUACGCCACGAUCAACGUGAGCCGGGGGGCCCCACGUGAUGAGCAGAGAAAGAGUCCCCUCAGCUCCACCAUCAUGGCCCCUGCAUGAGAUGCUCCCACCCCCGGCCCCCGCAGCCUCCGGACCUACAGAUCAGCCUGCAGAGACACCACUGACCCACAUCCGCCUGCUCCUGGCUGCUCAGACAUCGGCUGGCUCCCUGUUGCCUCAGUUUCCCUUAACUCCUGCUUAAGGAGCCCCCUAAGUCUGCUAGUCCCCACAAGUGACACUCUGUACCUCGGGGGGACACCCUCCACCCCCAUGUUCACCCUUAUAACAUGAUAAUAAUAAUAAUAAUAUGCAAAUAUUGUCAUCUCGGGUGUCUUCGGAAGGCUCAUGAUGCACCGAGCAUGGUUGUCACAGUGAUGUGAUAGGUUGUAAUGUCACGUAUGUAGUUAUGAGGCUGAAAAUGUGUCAUCAUGGCUUAAAACAAGCCCAGGCAAAGCUCCCCAAGAGCAGAGGGGCAGUUCACACCUCAUCAGGGCACGUACGGGACAAACCCAGCCCAGCCU